GAUCCUCGUCUAACAAUCCCAGAACGAUCUCGAGGCGGUCCUCUCUCGGUCUCUCCACCGUUCUUCCGAAGAGGGAGAGAGCCUGCAACCACCUGUGCUCGCGAGGCCAUUCUCGCGACGUAGAACGCGAGGAGCAGCCUCGCGUGGCUCCGCGAACACACGAUCGAGACCUUCCCUCGGGGAUUCAGGCCCUUCGCGAGAUUAAAGCCGAGCAACGGCAAUCUGAACGCCGGUCAGGGUCGUUCCUCUGCCGCUGAUCGAAGAGGAUCGACUCGCGCCGCUAUCGUCUCGCGACACUUUCCCGGCUCUGCGUUAGCCCGUUAUCGUGUCACUGGCUGGAAUACUAGCCGCGAGGGAAAACGCCGCCGUCUGGCAGCGUCCUGAACACGGUGUUCUUGAACUCUCGACGAUACGUUGACCCUCUUCCAGCGAGCUUGAGUGUCGAGUGUCCGCAACACGUUGCUUAAAAGGAUUUCCUCCGGAAGAUCGCUGUCUCGGCCCAUCAACCAACCGUGGGAAUCGCCGAUCGCAGGAUGCCUCUGCCGAGCCGCGAUCCAUCGAUCGAGUGCGCGAGAUCGCCGGGUUAAACGGAGGACCGGCGAGCGAUCACCGAUCAGCGAUCGGGACCGAUAGAGCCGGGCCGUUGAUAAUUGCGGGUGCGUAGGUGGCCGGUCGUUGAAGAACAGGAAUCGAAGCGAUUCGAAGUGAUCAGAGUGAAAUGCACGGUCUGCCGUGAAAAUGCUGAUCGACGAUCGCGGCAGCGGCAUGGGGUGGACCUCGGCCAGUGUCCGCGGGGGUUGGUCCACCCCCGGCGGAUGCAGAAAUUCCGCGAUGAGCUUCGGGGGCAGCGUGCCCUCCCUGCACCCGGCGGGCUCGAUAAGAUCGCUGCGAUCCCAGCAUUCUAUGCAGGGCGUGCCGGAGACACCGCGAAGAUGCAUGCACUGCCACCCGGUACACGUGCCGAGCACCCCGAGCAAUUACGUGCCCCACCCUAUGCAGUACUACACGCCGAGCCACUGCCGCGAGCCCCGGAACCCCGCCUACGCCCCCCAUCGGGGCAGCUCUUAUCACGGCGACCCGAGGGUGCGCUACGUGGACUCCGAGGGCAGCAUCCCUGACAACAAUAACUGGAUGCUCGGCAAUAAUCUGUGGACCUUCCCGCGGUGCGUGCCGACCUAUCCUCGAACUGACGUAGACGACGUCGGCACGCGGACGCAUUUCUACCCGGACGGCGGAUGGGGGUGGCUGGUCUGCGCAGCCGGCUUCCUCGCCCUGUUGCUCACCACCGGCAUGCAGCUAGCUUUCGGGCUUCUCCAGGUUCACUCUGUGAAACACUUCGGCAAGGAACAUAUCAUGGACUUGGCAUGGGCCGGAGCAUUGAGUGCUGCGGUUUCCCGUGGUUCAGCCCCGUUCGUCGUCUGCGUGUGUCGCCGAGGAAAUACAAGGUUUACGGCAGUGAUUGGCGGUCUCGUGCUGGCAUUGGCCUCCCUCGUCACCUCGUUCGCCGUCGAACUACACCAGGUGCUCCUUAGCUACGGGCUGGUGCUGGGUACCGGCGCCGGCCUCGUGAGAGAAACUGCCGGCGUGGUGCUGGGCCAUUACUUCAGAAAACGACGAGAGUUCGUCGAGAUGGUGGUGCAAGCUGGCGUGGGCGUGGGAAUAGUACUCUUCAGCGUCGUCUACAGAGAGGCGGUCGGAAAGCUGGGCUGGAAACGCGGCAUGCAGUCCGUGACCGGCGCCCUGUCGCUGGCCUUCUUCCUCGGCUUGAUCUAUAAGAGUGCCUCCGUCUAUCAUCCCCAACGGCGGGCCAUGCUGCACCUGAAGAAUCAACGGGGUGGCAAGCUCAAGGAGAGGAGGACCAGCACCAAGGUGCCGCCCAGACAGCCUUGGGUCGAUCUCAGCCCGCUGGGAAGUCGUCCUGUCAGGAUGCUGAUGCUCGCUGCUGGGGCCGCCGGAUUUGGUCUCUACACACCCGCCUUUUACAUCGCUGUGCAUGGUAAAGAGGAUGGUCUGGAAAACAGUGCUCUGGUGUUGCUGCAGACUUGUUUGGGGUUGGCAGCAGCUCUUGGUUGCGCGGCAUGGGGAAUCGUUACCGCCAGGCCAUCUGCUCAGUGUCUGGUGUCGAGACAGUAUCUCUGCCAAGCGGCGCUGCUGGGAGUUGCAAUAGCACAAGUGGCUCUGGGCAGUGUGGAGGGCUACCACGGGCUCGUCCUGGCGUCCGGACUCUACGGUGCUUCCCUCGGCGGCGCCCUGUACUCUCUGAAAAUGCUUGCCCUCGAAAGAUUGAGGACGAGACACUUCGCGCGGGCCUGGGCACUCGUGCAGGCUGCGGAGGCUCUACCUAUUCUUCUCGGAGUUCCUCUAACCGGUUACAUGAACGCGUACAUCCCGAGGGUGGGUUACUACGCGUGCAUGUUAAGUUCCUUGUGCGGCGCGGCGUUGCUGUUCCUGGUCGGCUCGGGCCAGCAGCCAGCCUCGCCGACGGUGAUGCCCGACUCGCAUCUACCCACUUCGGCCGUGCCACCGAUGCGCACCUGUCCACCCCCGCCGAGGCCCAGGCUGCCCAAGUCCCAGUCCCUCCACGUGCCCUUGAACAUCGACGAGAGCCUGCGCGAGAGGGACAUGAGCGAGAGGAUGCACACUGCCGAACACUAUUACCAGCCGCAGUUCUACGGGCCCAUCAGACCCAGCAAGAGUGUGCCCGAGGGGCUGAGCCAUCAGGACUCUUACAGGAGCCGGCCGAGGCGCCAUCGCGACGUCACCGUGAUCGAGCAGAUCACCACGUGCGUUUAAAAGCCCGUACACGGUCAAGGCGGAUCACGUUCGGAACUGAGAGCUGCGGGCUCCUCGGGAAGACAGGGAUUAGGCUCGCGGUUCGGUUGAAGAUAGAGGCCGGUUUUCACGAACCCGACGGGCAAGAUGUGGCGGAGAUGUGUCAGGAUGUUGACCUGAAUCUGUGGAUCGUGCGCGUUUUCAGCGUGCAACGAUCGUUGAAGCCGGACCUGGCCACGGAUGGGAUGACAUUGUUUGGAAUACUGUUUCAAAGAACGCGUUGUUUUUAGUUCGUAAUUAUUCCCACGCCUGUGAUCACCGCGAACAGCAUUGUUUGAGAUAUUGUUUUAAAUAACGUGUUCUUUCGCGUUACAGUUAUUUGAUAUAUUGUUUUAGAUCACGCGUUAUCCUACUUUAUAAUUAACCGUUUGCACUCGAAGCCAUUUUAACCGUAAAUCUAAAAUAAUUCUUCCGAUUUAUAGUAUUUGCAUUUUGUGCACGUGAAAUCGAGUCUCGCGACUCGUGCAACAGUUACGCUAUUAAGAAUUUUUUUCAUUCGAACUUUGAUAAUAUACAAA